UGUUCUUCUUCCGUUCUGGGUUCGCCCCGUGAAAUCGGGGAAAAUCGCUUUAAAAAUGGGAAAAAAUUCGGCUUUCUGGACGAUUUCAUGAGGAUAAGGGUGAUAAAAGUGAAUUUAAGUCGUUUCCCAACUCCGACCGUUGUUCCCGUUGAAAAAGUGGGCCCGAAAAGUGUAAAAAACUUGAAGAACCGCAGCGAAAAAGAUUCUCCAAAGGACGAGCCUGAAACCGAAGAAAAAGGAUUUUAAAUCCUUUUGAAAUGCUCGGGAAACCAAUACCCCAACUCACAAUUUACUACAGAGAGUACGGAAAUCUACGGCCUAUACACUCGGGCAAAAGGGCAUCGGAAACCGCACCGCCUUUUAGCCUUUUGAGCCUCAAAUCCGGAACGUCCGCGUCCGUGCAAUAAAACAAGUGGCCCUGUCUACCAGUCUGUGAGUAAAGUUAUCUGCUUGUAGAACAAAACUACGAAGCACCGUGAAAUCACGUCAAACCCACCCAAAACAGGAACCUUCAUUGCGCCAGAACCGGAUAAACAAAAAACGGGAUUGAAUUCCAAUUAGGAAUCGUUCAUCGGACGAUGAAAAGUUGAACUCGCGGAAGAUAGAAGAGAUAUAAACGAGAUAGUACGAUAAAGAUGUUUGUGAUCUUGUAGUAAACGCAAACCCAACGCCGCAAUGAAUUACAAGUUCGACACCAGUGACCUCACCCGCCGUCUGAAGCGGACCUUCGACGGGAAUUUGUCGUACCGCAAAUUGUUCCUGCUGCUGUUCGUCGUGGCAGUCUUUCUGCUUUACAUAGGUCCGUCGUUUCUCCGAUGGCUGUUCGGCCAAAGCGAACCGGCAAAGGGAGACCAAACGAUGCGCUGCAUGGACGACCGGUUAACUCCAUUCUAUCUGCAAAAUUUGGAGUACAACGUGAACAUCCGACACCAGCCGCCUAUCGAACACGAACAUGAUGCAAUUCCGUACGUGGGUAACGGUUGGUUUGGCCUGGAAGUGCAGACCGAUGCGCAUGUGAACAUAUUUCGUGGCCGUGCCUUGCUGCAGCCCGUCCAUUUUCACCCGAUUGUCAGUGUCGCCAGUUCGGGACAAGCGUUUCGCGAGGCAACGGUAGUGGAAUAUCUGAACGGCAUUGUACAUAGGUUUCAGUGUUUCGCCGAGGGCUAUUAUGUGUCUUACCAAUAUUACGCCCACCGUACCCUGCCAUCCGUUUUUGUGCAGGAGCUACAACUAACAAACACAAAAAAUCAACUCAUGGACAUUGACCUGGUAGUCCCCCGUAUAUCCGACUGGCCAACGGCGACGGUUAAGAACAUAAAGCUACAGCAUGGUUCUGCCAUUCUGGAAUAUCAAGUUAUAUCGGGCACAGUGGAAGUUCCGCCUACACCGGGAAGUACGGAGCAAAGCAAAGUUCGUGCGGUGUCGAUCGUAGCACGAAAGUUACCCCGCGUGAUAACGCUCAAGAAGCGCGGUACGACCAAGUUGGAGCUGCUGCUGACAAUAAACUACUCCGAUCCCAUAAUGCAUGAUCAGUACCAGCUGCACAAGGAUGCCGUCGAAAAACAAGCCAUCGAUGAAAUGAACAAAGCGCUGGUGGCCGCUGAAUAUGGCGAGCAUGGUACCUACAACAGCUUCAAGCGAGAUCACGUGCGAGUCUGGAAUGCGCUUUGGGAGACGGGUUUCCACAUCAGUACAUCAAAAGCGGAGAAUACUCUGAAUGGUAACAACAUCAAUGCCACGAUGUAUGCCGUUGUGUCGAACGCACGGGCCUUUGAGUAUGAGCAGUCGGUUACCAGUGUGCGCAAGGAAGAGAUUGCCCGUUCCCUGACCUACGCAGAAGGAUGUUACGAUAGCUAUCACACGCUUCAAGCGGAAAACCUUUGGCGCAAAAUGGCCUCCUUCGAGGAGCAGAAUGCUGUGGUGGCAUCGUGGAUGCUAACGCUGGAGAAGCAAGGUUGCCACAAUCUAAUCAAGGCCGGCGCAAGCGGAAUUGUGCAAGCGAUGGUACUCAGUUUUGGGGGUUUCCGUUUCAGCAACCAACACCUCGAGUUGAACAUUCACCCCAAGUACCUGCAUCGUGACUAUGAUUUCCGGCGGUUGAACUACGGCAACAUGACGCACCUGAACAUCUCCAUCGCCGUUCGUGACGAUAACAAAGCGGUCCUGUACGUGGCGCUGGAUCGGUCGGAUCGAAACUACUACGCGUGCGAUGCCGGUUGCUUGGACGCACCGAUACAGCUGAGACAGUCGAAGUUAACAUUCCCCGUUAAACUGACCGAGCCGGUCACUUCGAUUCUCUACAUCACAUCGGACCGCAAGCACAUGGAGGACCUGAGACACGCCAUCCACGUGAAGGAGGUUGUCGAAGCACCGGCCCACGAGCAUCACGUGAUUGCGCUGCACAGGCACGGCCAUCAUUUGGGAGGACUGCCUACCCUCUUUUGGGUAUCCAUCUUCGUGAUCAUCAUCGUAUUCCACGUGUUUCUCUGCAAGCUCAUCGUGAAAGAGUACUGCGAACCGCCGGACAAGAUGCGCUACCGAUACAGCAAGCCCUAAGUGUUCCGGGGAUGCGCCGCUUUGGGUGUUGUAAAUUAUAAAUUUAGUUUCGAUAGUUUUAUAGUUCUGCCGCUCCAGUGCUCCAGUGAAUUGAAACUUAACAGUACGUGCAAAUUUAACCUGAUUUACUGAAAUAGUAACUCUAAUAAUUUACGUAGUGAUCCUGUUUUUUGUUAAACGAAUUAAUAAAUAAACGGCGCCGUUAAGCCGGCGAUACAUGGAGCGUAAA